AUGAUACCGAUAAUACGCCGUUACUCCACAAAAGCAAUCACAGUAAACGAGUCCUUCAAGUCGACAAUGUCUAGGAUAAGUGCGCAAGCAAUGAUAUUGACAUCAGGUACUGGUGCUAAAGAAGUACUGGCAUUACAUGGAAUGACGAUGUCAUCCGUAUGCUCCCUAUCCGUCUAUCCAACUCCAUUGUUACAAUUUAAUCUCCAUUUACCCUCAUAUACUUCUCAAGCGUUACACGAGAACAAGUACUUGGCGAUCCAUCUUUUGCCUCCAACAUCACAAUCGGUACAUUUAGGCAAGAUAUUUGCUAGCGGAGUUAAGACGAGUGGAAAACCUACAACCAAUGAGGAUGGCGAGUUCUUCCACGAAAUGACAACACCCUUUACGAAAUUGCAUCAAGGAAAUGAUUGGAUAUUUCACACGGUGAAGGAAAACAUAAAUAUUCCCAUUUUGAAGAAUAGUGAACGAGUACUCAUCUGUGAGACCAUGAAAAACUUUCUAGUGGAUGAUCACGAGAUAUGGGUGGUCAAGGUUCUUGAUAUAAAGGAAAAUGAAGAUUAUAGCAAUAAAACGGGAGGCUUAUUGUACUUCGAUAGGGCAUUUCACAAAAUUGGAGAGAAACUAAUAGAGACAAAUUGA